AUGAAAUUCUUGACAGCUCUUUGCUUACUUUCUGUGCUAUUUGCAUAUUCCGUGGACUUUGAAGACCUCCCGAUCUUUAUGGACGAUGAGGCGGUUGCUGAAGAGAUGAGCCGCCCGGAGUUCGCGGAUUUUAUUAACCAGUUCGGAAAAUACUAUGGAUACAACAAUACGAUUGAUUCGAUUCGUGAGGAAGACAUGAAGCGUCUUCAUGGAGCUGUCUAUUUGGACUAUACAGGUGCUGGCGUGUACCGAGAAUCCCAGGUGCGGGAGUGCAAUAACCUGCUUCUCAGCGGGUUGUAUGGAAAUGCCCACAGCCGCAAUCCUUCCAGUAUGAAUACGGAGCAUUUGGUGGAGCAAAUGCGUGAGCGCGUGCUGAAGUUCUUCAACGCUUCGCCUGCGGACUACUCUGUGGUUUUCACGAGCGGAGCGACAGGUGCUCUGCACACGGUCGGCGAAGUGUUCCCCUGGAGCAAGAACAGCAAAUUCUACUAUUUGGCCGAAAACCACAACUCCGUCCUGGGAAUCCGCGAAUACGCCUUCCGCUUCGGGAGCGGCUUCAAAGUGAUGAACGAGGAAGACAUGCCUCAUGACGAAGCCUGCGUGCAAGUCUGCGAAGACGACCUCAAGAAAAUGUUCGGCCACGAAGACCACAACUACACGUACUCCCUCUUCGCGUACCCUGCCGAAGACAACUUCGCAGGCGUCAAAUAUCCGCUCAGCUGGAUCAAACAAGUCCAAGACGGCUAUUUCCACGACGGCAACAAGUGGCUCGUCCUGCUCGACGCCGCGGCCUUCGUCCCUACCAACCGCCUGGACCUCUCUCAAGUGCACCCCGACUUCGUCUCGCUGUCCUUCUACAAAAUGUUCGGGUUCCCCACGGGACUCGGCGCGCUGCUCCUCCGCAACGAGCACAUCGGCAUCCUCAACAAGUUCUACUGGGGCGGCGGCACGGUGUCCAUCGCCAGCGACCAAGAGCACUUCUGCGUGUUCCACGGACGGCCGUGCAGUCGAUUCGAAGAUGGAACGAUCAAUUUCCUGAGUAUCGCGUGUUUGCGGUACGGAUUGGACGCGCUGGAGCAGCUGGGGAUGGAGGCGAUCAACCAGCACGUGUACGCGCUGACGCGGUAUCUGUACUUGCAGCUGACGCAGAUUAAGCACUCCAAUGGCAGACCGGUCGUCGAGAUUUAUGGAAAGCAUGAGGCGAAUAAUAAGGACGUGCAGGGAGGGAUUCUGUCGAUGAAUUUCCUGCGGGCGAACGGGAGCUAUAUCGGGUACUAUCAGAUCCAAACCGAGUCCGCCGCCAAGAACAUUCAUGUACGCACCGGAUGUCACUGCAAUCCCGGCGCCUGCAGGAAGUAUCUCAAGGAGCCGGAGAGUGUGCUGAAAACGCUGUCGCUCGAGAAGGAUAGCUGCUCCGACGAGAUCGAUAUGGUCAAUGGCAAGCCGGUGGGAGGAAUCCGCGUUUCGCUGGGAUACCUCACCAACUUCAAUGAUAUUAUGCGAUAUGUCGACUUUGUGAAGACGUAUAUUGACGCAUGGAGUGUUUGUUUCAUACUUGACAUGGGAUCCAAUCCUGCAUUUCUGCUCGUCAAGGAAGGGUAUGUGGUUCUCGUUCAGCGUCUGUUUGACGCGUUCCGAUGGCUCUAUACCGAAAGUGGCGAGAUCGAAGUCGAGGGCAGCUUGGAUGUGUCCUCGUUGCGAGCCAUGGAUUGUUUCUCUGUCGAGAAUGAGGGGUUGUUCGAAAACCAAAGCAUCUUGUUCAAUCUUCCCUGGAUGCUCCUUCCCGAAAAGUGGACUGCGGAACUGAUUGCCCACUACAACCUGGCUGCCGUAGCUGUCGAAUCUUCAGCAAAAGGGUACUGGGUGAAAGUUCAAUCGGAAUCCAAUGACUCGAUCGAUCUGCAAACGUUGUGGAGCGAGUUCUUCAAGGCGUGCAAGCUUUCCUGGCAGUCGCAAUACGGAACGGAGUUUUCUGAAGUGGUUGUGAUUUUUCCAGAUUACUAUUCAUCGGAGGCGAGAGAGGUUGUGCUGUCGAGCUUGCAAUCUCUCCAUUCCUGUAGUUAUUCACUUUAUUCCUUUGUCUAUUCCUCGGUGGAGUAUUGCAUUUAUAUCGAGUGUACCGAGUUUCUGUUUUAUGCUUGUUUGGUAAAUACGAACACGUCCGAGAUUCGAGAGCGUGUUUUGCUCCCCAUCCAAAAUCCGGAUCCCCUUCAUCUUUUGACAAACAAAGUCAUCGAGUCGCUUUAUUCGAGCCAGUCAUCCAUUCCAGAAAACGAAUUGAGAGCCCUGUAUCGAACGAUUCGACUUCAACUUCGACAUCACCUUCACCGAUCGUACGAAUUCUUUCGACUUUUGCCUGAUUUGGACUCGGAUAAGGAGAUUUCCUGCUUUCGGAUUGCAUUCCACUCCUCCUUUCUUUCUUUCAAAUCGUAUCAAGUCACAUACAAGCAAAUCGAGGAAAGUUUGAAGGAAUCUCUUUCCUUUUCCGAUAAUCUGAAGCAACUAUGUGGAAUUGUUGCUCAAUGGUGCGAAUUGGUUCAAAAUAAUGUAUCUGUUUUGUUAGAUGGGCUGUAUUCCAGUCUUCCAGUGGUCCGAAGAUGCUUCCAAGGCGUUAAUCUGUCUCUCAAGUCUUUUAUGUCGCGAAUCACGGAUCAAGUGAAUCAACUGCAGCCCUCUCUGUGUAAUGAUUUUGCCUUUUUGGAUCAUUCGUUGAGUGUCGCUAUUCAAGAUGGCUUUGCAAUGGUGGUUCUGAAGCAAGGUAUUCCGCUUCCCACACAAACCACAUCCACUUUGUUCUUUUCGCUUUCUCAAAACAGAAAUGCGGUUCUUUCCCUUUUACGAGGCAAUUCCUACAAAGUGGAAGAUCUUGUUCCUGUUACUUUUAUCCCACUCGAAUACACAUCCGCGCAGCUUGAAUUCGGAGGAGUCGAAAUCCGAAUCACGUUGCUGAUUGAUAAGCAAUGCAAUUUGAUCGUAUCGAUUGUGGAUAGUUUUGAUCAUCACAAAACGAUACGAAUUCCUUCUGACGAAUUCAUUAACUCUUCAGAAGAAAACGUUCCCAUUUCCUCCGAACCCUUUGUACGCCCCACUUGCAGUCGAUUUACUUCCUAUUAUCAAGGAGAAAUGGAGAACGGAAUGGCUCAAGGACUGGGGCGAUUAUUUGACAAUCGAAACCAACUAAAAUACGAAGGAUACUGGGAAAAGGGGUCGUUUUCUGGAAAGGGAACAUACUACUUUCAGAAUGGAGACGUGUAUGAAGGAUCUUUUUCGGAGAAUUGUCUGCACGGCAUGGGAAUCUUGUACGAUCGCCAGGGAUUGGUGGUGAAGAAGGGCUAUUUCGAUCGCGUGAAGAUUGAAGAGACGGAGAGCGGAUGUAUGAUUCCCUUUGAGCCACUGGAGGAGUACAUCGCGCCGCUCGCAGUCGAGUCGCCAUCGAAUGGGAAGACGAGUCGCUACGAAGGCGAGCGAAUCGGUGGAAUUCCAUGCGGCCAAGGCGUUUUGUAUGACGAGAAUGACAGGAAAGUGUAUGAAGGAGGCUUCAAAGAUGGGUUGUUCGAAGGAGCGGGGAAAACCUUCUUCCCCUCGGGAGCGGUUCAGAGUAGCGGAAUGUUUUCCCGCGGGAAAUUGGAGGGAAAUGGCGUUCUGUAUUCGGAAUCGCAGAACGUGAUCAUGGAGGGAACCUUUCGCCACGGCUUGCCGCAUGGAUUGUGCUCGUGUUAUCGCGAUGUUCCAAACAAGCAACUCACAUUUGAAGGCUUCUAUUUGAACGGAAAGCAAGAAGGGUUUGGCACCCAGUUUGAUUCCGAUGGGAAUGUGGCGUACCGCGGUUAUUUCUACCACGGAAAUGUGUGGGAUCACAGUUUGUUUCUCUCGUUCUCGCCUCAAAAUUCCACCAUCACGGCAACAACGCUGAAAAAUCACUCCGGUCGUUGUUUCUUUGGUCGCAAAAUCGUGAUCGCUGCGAUGAAUGGAUUGGCGGUAACGGAUUUGUUGAAAAGCGCAAAGUCGCAGACGAAGUGUGUAAUUGAAUUCUUUCGAUUGCAAAGUAGAACCAUUCGAAUCCUGCUUUCAUUUUCUGUAGAUGAUGUUGCUGCGAGUUUAUCGCAGGAAUACGUCGACUUGUUUUUUCAGUUAUUGCUGAAAUGUCCGAAUCUCGAAACAUUGUGCUUAAACGAUUCUUCCAUUCGAUUUCUCUCAAUCCCCGAAUCCUUUCCACACCUCGCUACCAUCUCCUUCGAUUGUUUUCUCAUUCUUUUUAACUUUUCAUUCCCCAGAUCUCCCAUCGCUUCUUUCCAUCACUCUCCAAGCCAACAGUCUUCCCAAGCUCACCGAUUUCACGCUCUCAUCGCUCCCUUCGCUCCAAACUCUUUCCAUUCAAUCCAACUGCGCUUCUCAGUUAAAUCCGCACUCCAUCACGCAAGAUCCAGAACGUUGGCGACGUGA